AUGGUGUGCUCCAGCCCCGUGCCCAGAGCUCAGGGCUCCGGCCAGGAGGAGCGGCGUGGUGCCCAGCCCGACCUGCUGUGGCUGGCCGACCUCACGGGCGCGCACCUCGGCUUGGCCCCCAUCUCCCAGGACCCCGAGGAUCGCUGCAGCAUCUGGGAGAACCUGGUGAGCCUGGUGGACUUCCAGAGCCCGGGUUUUCCCCUGACCUCCGAGGAGCUCGGCCACUACAUCGACAUCCCACGCUCACCCGCGUCCUCCCCGGCCACCGCGAGCCUGGCCCGGGCUGUGACCCCGCCUGGACCGCCGGGGGACAUCGACUACAGGACAAACAGCCACGUGAAGCCGCCCUACUCCUACGCCACCCUGAUCUGCAUGGCCAUGGAAGCCAGCCAGCAGCCCAAGCUCACCCUGGCUGCCAUCUGCAAGUGGAUCAGCGACAAUUUCUGCUAUUUCCGCCGUGCCCACCCCAGCUGGCAGAGCUCCAUCAGGCACAACCUGUGCAUCAACAAGCGCUUUGUCAAGGUGCCCCGCGAGAAGGGGGAGCCGGGCAGAGGAGCCUUCUGGAAGCUUCACCCCCAGUACGCCCAGUGGCUCAAGAGCAGCACCCUCAAAGGGCACAGGGCCCUUCCAGAGCCUGUGCCAGCCUCCAGGAGAGCCCAGCAGGGCGCCCGGCGUGCCCCCAGCCCCGCUGGCACCGCCGCUGCCGCCGUCCCGCGGCGGCCUCGAGGUGGGCGCGGAGCUGCAGCGGCUGCUGCGCGAGGCUGCCAGGAGGGCGCGGGCGAGCUGACGGAGCUGAAGGGCAGCACGGAGUGGGAAGCGCUGCUGGACGCCCCGCUGGAGCAGGGGGAAUUCUGCGCUUUGGGGCAGCCUGGAGCCUUCCCCCUGCACCCCGGCCGGGCGCGGGGCUGGCCCCAAGCCCUGCCUGAGCCCAGCCCUGCUAAGCCAGGCCUGGACGAAACCCUGAUGGCCACGGCGUUCCUGGAGGCCGCGUGGCACGAGGAGAUGAGAGGGAACUGCGUGCCCGGGGAGCAGGGGGCCGCAAACUUCCCGGCCAGCAGGGAGCUCAUGGACUGGGACUCUCUGGCCCAUUUAAGGCUCUAUUAG